AUGGAGGCCAGGAUGCUUGCCGCAGCCCCUGCAGGGAUAGCCUGGGCACCGCCACCCACCCCAGAGACCCAGGAUGCCCCUGCGGGACCUCGCCGCUCCCAGAGGCCUGGGCACUCGGGAGCUUGGCUCGGCCUGGGUAUCGCCGUCCCUCCAGGCCUUGGGCUCUCCCUGCUGCUGCUGCUGCUGCUGCCUGCCUGGGAUUGUGACCAACAUGAUUGGAUGGAGCCCUUAAAUAUGCAAGACUCUAUGGAGUACAAGUGGCCAUGGCAUGUAAGCCUGCGACAGAAUGGGCACCAUGUAUGUGGAGGGGCCCUCGUGGCCCACGAAUGGGUGGUGACAGCUGCCCACUGCAUCAAUAGCAAUUUUGAUUACUCAGUUAUGAUGGGGGACGCAAAUCUCUAUCCUAGUAACUCCAACACUUCCCAAGUAAUCCCUGUCAUGGACAUCCUCCUUCAUCCGAAGUACAGGAGUCGGACCUUAAUAAUUGGUGACAUCGCCCUCCUCCGCCUGAAUUUCUCUGUGACCUUCACCAAAUAUGUCCAGCCUAUCUGUCUACCUCACUCCCUGUUUGAUUUGGAGAUUGGGACCCAGUGCUGGGUGACAGGAUGGGGUGAAAUGAGAGAAGGCUAUAAAGGUGAGGAAGGUGCAGGCCGGCCAUUAUCCUCAGAGCUCUGGGGGACGAAGGCCUUCAUUGUUCACUACAAGAGGUGUGACCAGCUUUACCACAUCAUUCCCCCUUCGCCCCAACUGGUCCCUUUCAUCACGGGAUCUGUGAUUUGUGCUACAAGCCAACAAAAUGAAACUUUAUGCCAGGGUGAUUCUGGAGGGCCCCUAGUCUGUGAAGCUGAGAAGACCUGGAUGCUGGUAGGAGUGAUGAGCUGGGUGAAAACCUGUACCCAAGCAGGGGUGCCAACUGUUUACGUCCGUGUCAGCAAGUUCUCGAAGUGGAUCACAAACCACAUGAGGGUCUCAGCCUCCCCUCUCCUGGACUUCUCCUGGAUCACUCUCCUUUUUGGGUUGCUGCCCUAUCUUUUCUGA